AUGCUGCUCCUCGUUCGGGAUCUAGAGGGAAAGGGCGGACUACGUGGUUCCCUGAACGAUGACGACGGUUCUGAUGCUGUUUCAAUCGCUGCCUCGAUUCGUCGGGAGAGAGAACGGGAGCGAGAGCGGGACCGCAGUACCGAGUAUUUGCAGCAGUGCGAUCGUGAGCGUCGAUUCCGGGAUGAGAGGGAGGACGAUGACAGGAUCUCUGUCCAUGCUCUGGAGAAGUAUGCACCGAAUCUGGCUCGUAGUUUGAACGUUGGCAGCAUUGCAUCUUCGGGAGUAGCUGGAGGAAGUAGGCGUGGGGUUGACGACGAUGAAGAUGCCAGGAGUGUUAGCAGUCGUAAGUCUUGUCUCUCAGGUGCUUCAAGAGGGAGUAGGAAACAGAAAAAGAGAAUGGCGGGGGAUUCAAGCGAUGACGAGUAUAUUCCCGAGGAGGCGACACCAAAAAGCGCAAAGAAGCGUAAGGCCCCGAGCAGCACUCCACGGACCACUAAAAAAGCAGCUCGCACCACCGCCGCUUCGCCAGCAACCCCCUUACCCUCCGCGGACGCACCCCCAUUUGUAGAAACCCCCAACGCCGUCGGUCCAGAUGGGAAGACGAUCGAGGAGACUUAUCAGCGCAAGACGCCGCUAGAGCACGUGCUCCUUCGCCCGGACACGUACAUAGGCUCGGUGCAGACGCACGUGGGUCCGCAGUGGGUUUGGGAGCAGGGUCGGAUGGUACAUCGCGAGGUUCGGAUGGUUCCGGGGCUGUAUAAGAUAUUCGACGAGAUUCUGGUGAAUGCGGCGGAUAACAAACAGCGCGACCCGAGCAUGGAUGCUAUCAAAGUCACCAUCGAUACUGCCAAGAAUAAAAUCCAGGUGUGGAACAACGGCCGCGGAAUUCCUGUGGAGGUGCACGCGAAGGAGGGGUGCUACGUGCCGGAGCUGAUCUUCGGGCAUUUGCUCACGAGCAGCAACUAUGAUGACUCGGCGCGCAAGACCACGGGCGGGCGCAACGGGUACGGCGCGAAGCUGGCGAACAUCUUCAGCACGGAGUUUGUGGUGGAGACGGCCGACGGCAGCCGGCAGAAGAAGUACAAGCAGGUGCGUGGUGCAGGGCUCACCUACAUUUUAUCCAUCAUCACCUCCAUCACCUUCCAAUUGAACUUGAUCUUUUCGCAGAACAUGAGCGUCAAGAAGGCCCCAGUAAUCAAGGACUGCAAGCCCACCGACAAUUUCACAUCCAUCACCUUCCACCCAGACUUGGCCAAAUUCGGCCUUGCCUCUCUAGACGCAGACCACGUGGCACUCAUGAGCCGACGUGUCGUUGACGUGGCAGGGUGCCUGGGGAAAUCCGUUAAGGUCAUGCUGAAUGGCACCCGCGUGCCUGUGAAAUCGUUUGCGGAUUACGCGGGGUUGUAUCUCGCGCCUCCCCCGCUGCCCACCCCGCAACCCCCCGCCACUCCGCCUUCGUCAGGAGAAGGGGGCAGCGGAGGGGAAGGCGGGGAGGGGACAGGGGCGGAAGGAGGAGUGUCUGCAGCAGAAGCGACAGCAGCAGUAGCUGCAGCUGCUGCUCAUCCUUCAACUCAUGAGAAGCUCCCAAGCUUCGUGAACGCCAUCGCGACCACGAGAGGAGGAACGCACGUGAACAUGGUAUCAGAGCAGAUCGUGCGGUACCUUCUGGAUAAGGCGCAGAAGAAGGCCGCCACUGGCAAGCACGGGUCCGCCAGUGGCGCUGCUGCCAUCAAACCGCACCAGGUGAGGCUGUGGAGUGGUGGGAAGGAGAGAACUCUGUGUGUUGCUUGCUGGUUCAUCAACUGUCAGGUGGUUUUGAGACGUCCCUUUGCAUUGCCUUCUCGGCCCUCCCUCUCCCCCUCUCAGAUGCGCAGUCAGCUGUGCGUGCCUGUAAACUGCCUGGUUGUGCAACUGAGACGUCUGAAAGCGCUUCCUUCCCGUUUGCCCCUCCCUCUCUCGUUCUCCCCGUCGUCUGCAUGGUUGUGCGGUGUGAAGCGCCUAAUCAUUGUGUAG